AAAAAAACAAAAUCAAAAUUGACUUUAAGUUACAGCUUUAAAAAAGCUAGAUCUAGCUAAAAAGAGUUGGCAGUGUUGUGGAAUUCCAAAUUGCAGACGUCACCUUUUCUUAUCAAAACGAACCGAAUUCCGUUACCCAGCACCUGUGGUGAAAGUUGUGUAUUGUGUUUUUGUGUUGUGCUGAUGCUGAUAAGAAAAUGAACGGAUUGAUUGUGUUCAACAGCGCCAACGACGUAGUGUACCAGAAACUGAACGAGCCGCUGGCGCAGAAGAUCAGGAAUGUGGCCACCACCCAGGGUCUGUUGCGGUCCGGCGGCGUUUUGGACAGUAAUGUCCUUCUGCAGAUUUUCAGCCCCAUCGUUGGAUCGCAGCGGAUAAUGCAGUGCCAGUUCGAUAACGCCUACUCCAGCUUACAGUGCGAGCAGGGCUUCAAUUUGGUGUUUGGGGAACUCCUAGGGUUUACCUUCUUAAAGAUCGGACAAAUUCCCGUCGAGCUACUGGGACGCCAGAUGGGUGUGGCUCUGACACUGACUCGCUAUUGCUAUGGGGCCAACUUGUUUGCCUCUCAGGCGGGCGCCAUGCAACAGGAGCUGCUGACGCAGUGCCUCGAUUGCUAUGAGACUCUGUUGUGGCAGGAGGACCAGACGUUCCUGCUGGAGGCCAUGCCCAAGCUUCUGAUCAACGCGGAGCUUAAGAGGACGGUGCAUCUCACCCUGGACGCCAGUCUGGAGCACCUGAGGCAUCUGGGAUUGCCGCGGGCUCACGCCCUUUUGCUUGUUUCCAACAAACUGGUGGCCGUCAACAGCACCCGGCAAGCCCUGCCGCUGUCCGCCGCCGACCUGCUUUUCCUCAGCCUCAUGUCCCGGUCCCUCCAGGCACCCAAGUCCCCGUCCCAGCGGGCAGUAGCCGUAUUCCUGCAGGGAGUCUCCCACGACGUCAACUCCGGCUGCGUGCCCAGCAUUGUUCACAUCUCUCGCUUGCACGGCGACCAGGUUCUCCUGCAAGUCAUCGAAUACGCCCACAUGCCGCUGACCAGCUGUAUUUACGACUCCUUCUUUGUGCUCCAGAAGAUCGUGGCCGUGCAGCAUCAGGGGGACUCGGAUGCGCUGAAGCCCGCCUACGAGAAUCUCGAAUCCUUUAUUGCCCAGGCAAUAACCGCUUUGAAGCGGUAUUUAAAGCAGCGCUCGGAAACAGAGGACUUGGAGAACUGCACAAAGAAGUUCGCCGCCAAAUGGGAAAACCUGCGCAAGAUGUACACGGAGUACUUCAAGAACUUUGAGCGAGAGCUUCUGGUGAGAAUAGAGUCAAAUCUACCCUCGUUUGGCGAAGAACUGAAGCAGAUAUUCACACUGGCCUGCUGCGACAGCUCCAGUGUCCAUGAACUGGACCAGCUGUCCGAUACGGCGGCCAAUGUGGAGGCCAAACUGCUUGAGUUCGCUGAAUUCCUGGCCGUGAAGGCCACUCGCAACAUAUCCAUCGAUGCUUACUUGGAGGACUUUCCCGGCCUGGUGCAUUUCAUGUAUGUGAAUCGCAGCAGGGGUCAAAUGCUGGCCCCGGAUCUGCGACCGAACCAGCUCGUGCCCAAGACGAAGCUUUGGAGCAUGGUAGAGAUUGCGAGGAGCUAUCUAAAGAAGGGCCAGACCACGGUCAUUUGGAAGGACAAGGCGUUCCACUACUCGUACUUCCUCUGGUUCGAGGAUCAGUCGGGAGGGAUUCUCAACACCACUCUGGACUUGCAGCAGCACUUUCUGGCCACAGGAGCAGCUAGUGGCAAUGGUUCAAAAUCCCCAACAGAACCGGGCGCACUAACCAUGGACUAUUACCACGAUCUGGCCGAUUUGUGCUUUCCCAAGCUGUCACCGGCUAAAGUGCGCGUCUACGAGUUGUACUGCAUCCAUCUGGGACUGGUCACCGCCACAUGUGCCGUGGAGCACGCCCGACGACUGGUGGCCACUAUUAGCGAUGUUGUAGGCGAAGAGACAUUUUAAUCAAGUUUAACCCCUUGCCAACUUAGCAUUCCACGGCUCAUUUCCAGAGUUAGCACAUGAUUCUAGUCAAUUUACGAGACUCCUUGAGGAGAUAUUCCAAUCGAAAUUUGUUAGAUUAAGGACAACUAUCCACUGUUUAAGGCUACACCAUAAAGAUAUUUGU